AUGGUUAGACCCACACCUAAAGCCAAGGCGGUGGCAGAACGGAGACUGAUCCACGUGACCAACGGCAACCCCAGGGCAGGGUUUGACCCUAUCACGGGACAAGCGAAUUGCUUAGCGCACAGUCUAGCUUUGCGAGCGUGGAUUUCAACAUCUGAGCCGGUAGCAUCACGACCCUUCCCCCCUUCAACGCCCAAUUCUCAGACCGGUCUUGUCGCCAACACACCACCCGACAAGAUGCCUACCCGUUUGUCGAAGACCCGGAAGCACCGCGGCCACGUUUCCGCCGGUUACGGUCGUAUCGGCAAGCACCGCAAGUCCCCUGGUGGUCGUGGUAUGGCCGGUGGUCAGCACCACCACCGUACCAACAUUGACAAGUACCACCCCGGUUACUUCGGUAAGGUCGGUAUGCGUUACUUCCACAAGACCCAGCAGAAGUUCUGGAAGCCCACCAUCAACCUCGACAAGCUGUGGACUCUCGUCCCCGCUGAGAAGCGUGAAGCCUACCUGAGCGGCCAGAAGACCGACACCGCCCCCGUCAUCGACCUCCUGCCCCUCGGCUACUCCAAGGUCCUCGGCAAGGGCCGUCUCCCCAACAUUCCCCUCGUCGUCCGUGCCCGCUACUUCAGCCGUGAUGCCGAGCAGAAGAUCAAGGAGGCCGGUGGUGUCGUUGAGCUGGUCGCAUAA